AUUGUCUCACUUAGACCACUGCACUAGCCUUCCAAUAGACUGUUCUGACUUCAAUUAAUAGUAGAAUAUCUCAUUUGUAUUUGUACUGCUAACAUUACUAAACAUUGGUAUGAUCACACUUAUUCACUCAAAACAACUUGCACAGAAUGAAGUCCAAAUUCCUAACCAUUGGCAUUCAAGGCUCUCCGCGAAUCAGCUUUGGUUUUAACCUAGCUGGCUAGCCCAUUGAGGCAGGAAGCCUGUCUCUUUCAAAAUCUGGGACAGCGCUGUGUGCUAUCCUCCGCCCCGCUCCCUUCCCCCAACCCUGUGUUUAUGUGUGCAUAUUGCGGAAUGGAAUCAUUAACAUUAGUCUCAUACGUGGUGAUUGCUCAGCUGGAAAUGUGGUACAAGUCCUUCUACCGUUAACUCUCCGGCUCCUAGGCUGCUUCAGACUUUUGGAUAGACGGGUUGCCACAGAAGGUAGGCCAUGGACAGUUAACUGGCUUUCUGAAGGCUGGGGUCUGGAAUGAGAGUCCGGAUUUACUUUAAAUAUUCCUCAGAUUGCAUGGAAUCUGCAGUGAUAAAAAAAAAAAAAGUGACCAAACCCGAAAAAUUAUCCCUCUUUUAUUUUUUGUAUCAUACCCUUGGUAGUAUCAUAAGCAAUUGCAUUAAUACAAGUCUGGAGAGCAAAAUACCUGGGAAAGCGACAAUUCCCAGAAGACGCAGCCUACACCCGCAUGGGUGCCCCCAAGUCUCGCGGGAGAGCAGGCGCGGGCGCGGUUUUCCCCGCGUUUAUCGCGAGAACCAAGGGCUCAUCUUCCCGUUCUCCGAGACCGCGUCACCGUCUCCUGGGGCAACAGCAAUGGCGGCCGCCUUGUCCGAGCGGUUUUUCUCGCUGGAGCUCCUAGUAGACUGGGUGCUACUGGAAACCGGGUUGCUGCCGCCGCCGCCGCCGCCUCCCGUGAUCGAAGUGGAAGAGGAGCAGGAAGAGGUAGAGGCCUCGCCGCCGCGGACAUCGCGCUCCCUGUGCCCCGCCGUGGCCUUCCGCCUGCUGGACUUCCCCACGCUGCUCGUUUACCCUCCUGGCGGCCCUGCCGCCCCGGCUCCGGAACCCCGGCCCGGCCUGCUCAGCUUUGGUCGCGGCAAGUGCUGUCUCUUCCACCUGCACCCCGCUACCUUGCACCGCCUGCUCCUUCGGAUCCCGCUUUAUACCUUGCUGCUUCAGCUACCCCCUGGGCAGCCGACUCCUUCCCCGCAGCUCCUGGGUGCCUGCAGCAUCUCGCUAGCCGCUGCGGUCCGCAAGGCCCUGGGACCGGCCGCCUCCGCCUGCUGCCAGGGUCAUCGAGGAAAUUUUCCUCUGCAUAACCAUGCGGGGGAGCGGAUUGGGGACAUUGCCUUGGGCUACCGCCUGACUGAUCUGGGAAGCAGCUUGCUGGGCCAUCUUAAGCGGCCGGUCACCUCCAGAGGAGGUGGAGUGGAAAGUGGAGAGCUGCGGAAGGCAGUAGAGAUCAGUUCCCAAACCCCACAGGAAAAGCAACCGCUGCAGCAGUCAAUCUCAGAGUCAAACCCAAGUGAUGCUGAUAGGCCUCUGGUGGGUUUAGAAAUCCCAAAGGCUCCGAAGGAUUUGAAGGAAAUAGCUCUCCACACUAAGAGCAACUCUGAUAACACAUGUUCUGUGCAGAACGGUAGAACCACCUCGGUUUGUUCAAAUGCUAGUGGUGUGAGGAGUGUCAGCACCCCCAAUCAGGAAGUCACAGAGUUGGACAUUGAAACCAACACAUUUUGUCCUCCUCCUCUGUAUUACACACAUCUGACCCAAGAAAAGGUGUCUCCUAUACAGGGUAAAAUCACCAUUAAGCCUCAGAUGGAUGUACCUGAUGAACUGGAUGGUACUUUUCCAGAAGAAAAACUUGUAAAUCCCCCACUACAGGCUAAUCCUCUGAAACAUACAAAUUCUGCAACACCUGAGAGUCCUCCAGUGCUUAUAAAUCCUCCAUAUGUUCAGGAUGUAGGAGCAAGAACUCAAACUACACAUAACACUCAAACUGAACAAAAUAGAAUUAAUACAAUAAGGCAGCUGCCUUUAUUAAAUGCUUUGUUAGUUGAGUUGUCCUUGUUGUACAACCAACCCACUGCAAGCCCUGCUCAUAUACAUCCUCACUUAGCCUGGUUAUAUAGAACUAAGGAUAAGUCACCAGAAUCUUCUGCCAAAUCCACAUGUAAGUCUGAAUCUGUGAAGGAAAAGCCUUCUGUGUGGGAAAAAGAAAAGUCAAUGGGCCUUCAGGAUAAAAGGAACCAAGCUGAAAGUCUUAAGAAAGAUAAAUAUUUUGAAAAGAACAGUGGUUCCUGGCCCAAAAGAGUUCCCAGGGGAAAGCUACUUUAUGGCUUAACAAAUACACUUAAACUACGUUUAAAGCAAACAAAUCCUGGUAUGCUGGUAGUACAUGAAAAGAGAGAAGAGUAUAGAAAAAUGAAAGCACAACUGGAUGCAAAACUCAGAAGUCCAUCAUCAAAAAUUAAAGUAUUAAGCUUUGCAGAACAACAUAAGAAGCCACAUCAACUGCCUAAAGAUAAGUAUGUAGAAUCAGAUGCAUCUUUUGCUGAAAAUGAUACCUCAAAGCAAAUUAGUGGAGUUUUUGAUGACCCCAGCACAGCUAAAGAAACCAAACCGAAAACUGGAAAAGCAGUUGAUGGUGAUGAACAUAGAACCAGUAAGGGUCCAUUAGAAGAAAUUGUGAGGCUUGCAAAUUCCAUUGCCCCAGAAAGGUUUGUUCCUACACAGACUUUGGAAGGAAAAGUGGAAAUGAAAGUCCAAAGGCCAUGUGUUUUCCCCCAGGUUGCGGCAGUUGACAGAAUUGUAGUAGACAAAGAAAUAGAUGUUAAGCAGAUUAAAACCACUGAUAAUGACAUUCUUCUGGCUGAUGUGAGUGAAAAUAAGCCAAGUAAAAAUAGCUGCUCUGAAAGCAUCUCAAAACUAAAGUAUUCAGAUGACUUUACCAGCCCUUGCUAUUCAGAAGAUUUCUGUACCACUGAGGACACUAGCACAAUUUUGCAAGCUUACUGUAGUGGUCCAAGGGCAGAAAAUAGUCAAUGUACAAGUAAGUCUAGUGAAACAAGAUUUUCCAUAAAGAAAAAUAACAGUGAAAAGAACUCUGUUCUUAACCCACCUUUUUCAGUGUGCUCACCUGUAUACUCAUAUAAAAAAUCUCAGAGUUCAAAGACUCGAGAUGAAAGUUUGGAGGAAGAAUCUAGUAUCUCUACCACUGAUUUAUCACACUGGACUGAGGAGAGAGAAAACCAGAUUGAUCAAAAUAGAAUGCAUAAUUCUAAAGUUUUAAAGAAGGGUCAAGGUAUCUCUGUAAAACUUAAAACAAGAACUGGUUGCAAAUCGUUAGAAAAUAGCCAGUCUCCUUGGACAUCUCAAGUAAGUUCUUAUCUACCAUCUACUUUGUCAGAACUAGAAUUUAAUGUCUUGGAUAGUAGUACAUCAGAUCAGGUUGAAGAAGAUGAAGUUGGUUCACUAAAUAUUUCCAAGCAAUGCAAAGAUAUUUGUGAAUUAGUAAUAAAUAAACUUCCAGGAUAUACAGUGUAAAAAUAUGUGCUUUUAAAAGAAUUUUUGUAGCCUAUGUGUACUAGUAGUUUUAUAAUAACUUUAUUUUAGUACAUGAAUUAUGUAAAUAAUUCUUUUUAAGAGAUAUAAAUAAGUUGGUCAUUAUUUUGAUGUUUAAAUAGUAUUCCACCAUUAAAUUUGACAAUAUUGAUGAUGAAAUCACCUUAUGAUCUAGACAAGAUUUAAGUUGUUUAAUCUUACAAAAAUAAAAAUAUCUAACUUGCUAAA